ACCACCCACCCCCCCAACAAACCCACAACACCAGCCCCCAUAACCAUAACCCCCCUCCCCCCCUUCCAACCCGACCUCUACCAGCGCGCCUGGUCCUCCACCCCGCACCCCACCCUCCCUCUACUCGCGACCGCCCACGCCAAAUCCGUCACCGUCUUCUCGCUCGCCACCCUCUCCAAGCACAGCGCCCUGACGGGCGGCCACGCCCGCUCCGUGCGCACCGCUGCGUGGCAGCCGCCGCGCGGUGGUGGUGGGGGUGGUGGGAAUAAGAGGUUGGGGUUGGUGACGGGGAGUUUUGAUGCGACGGCGGGGUUGUGGAGUUUUGAGGGGGAUCGGGAGAGUGGUUCUGGUGGUGGUGCUGGUGGUGGUGGUGGGGGGUUGGAGAGGGAGGUGAGGAUGGGUAGUGGUGGUGGUGGUGGUGGGGAUGGGGAGGAGGAGGAGGAGGAGGAGAGGGAGUGGGAGUUUAAUUUGGUGCUGGAGGGACAUGAGAACGAGGUCAAAUCGCUGGCUUUUUCGCCCGGUGGGCAGUACCUGGCGACGUCGAGCCGGGAUAAGUCGGUGUGGAUCUGGGAGGAUGUGUCGUCUGGGGACGGGGGGGAUGAUGAGGAUGAGUGGGAGACGGUCGCUGUGCUGAGCGAGCAUGAUGGUGAUGUCAAGGCUGUCGCCUGGUGCCCGUCCAACUUGUCGAAUGCCAGGGCCGGUGUUGGGCGGCGCCACCAGAGCGCCGAGGUGCUCGCGAGCGCCAGCUAUGAUGAUACCGUGAGGGUGUGGCGGGAGGAUGCGGACGGGGAGUGGGUGUGUGUGGCAGUCCUCGAAGGGCAUGGCGGGACGGUGUGGGGGCUGCAGUGGGAGGGGAAGGAGAGGCAGGAUGGGCGGUUCCCGAGGUUGAUGACCUUCUCGGCGGACGGAUCGAUAAGGGUGUGGACACUGAGAGUGGACGAAGAGGAGGAAGAGGAGGGUCAGCAGGAAGGAAAUCCGUUUAGGUCCGGGUUCGGCGGGGUGCCGAGCACGAUGCGGCGGUCGCUCAGGGAGGAGUGGGAUUGCACGGCCGUGCUGCCCAAGGUGCACACGCGGGAUGUGUACUCGGUGUCGUGGAGUUCCGAGUCGGGACUGGUGGCUAGCACGGGCAGCGAUGGCAUCGUUGCGGUGUACGCCGAGGAGGAGGGCGCGCCACAGGACGUCGCCAUGACGGGUGUGGAGGGGGCAGCAGAGAAUGGCACCUCUGGACCGGAAAGCAAUUGGAAGGUAUUGGGUACCAUCCCCCGUGCCCACGGCCCGUACGAGGUCAACCACAUCACAUGGUGUAAGAGGUUUGACCCCGGGGCGGAACACAAGGGCAAGGAGGAGAUGUUGGUCACGACAGGCGAUGAUGGCGUCGUUCGGCCGUGGCAGGUGAGGGCAUCAUAA